UGCCUGCCCUCUGACAGUUCCUGUAGCGGACACAGGAUGGCGACACAUGAAUAAUCAGAGCCAUGUGGCUCCUGCGGGCACAAAUCUUCCAGUGAAGUUUGUAGGAAGGAUUGCGCUCAUUUGGAAAGAGAGACACUCAGGGGGAAAGUGAGUUGGGCUCCAGCGAGGAGGGAAGGAGACAGAAACCAGGAGAACCGGAGACAACUUUCUUCCAGACUCUCACGUUUUUUUUUAAACCUGGUGCGCACUGAGGGAGAAGCGGAAGGUAGCGCACACGUUAUUAAGUCACUGCGUUUUGAGUCGUUCACUUUCUUUGGGGGGGAAGUUUCUCGAAAUUAAAAUUUGAGUGAAACGUGGAUGUGAAAAGCGGGCGAAGGUUUAACACAGAGCCAGAGGAAUGUAUCCAACUCGGACAGCGGCGAGUCAGCGUCUCUGGAGAUGUCCAGCCUGCGCUCUCUGGAUCGCCCUGCUCCUCCAAAGCGUCCUGGCCCUGAGCGCGUCUGGGUCUGACUUUACCCAAGACCCCAGUGUGCUAGCUGCCUCCUCAUGGAACACCUCUAGUGAUGGACCAUUCUUCAUCCGCCUAGAAGCUCCCAUGAACAACAUCACCACAUCUCUGGGCCAAACAGCUGAGCUCUUCUGCCGCGUGUCCGGCAACCCGCCGCCCACUGUUCGCUGGCUGAAGAACGACGCCCCGGUGGUGCAGGAGCCACGACGGGUCUCGUACAGAUCCACGCCUUACGGGUCACGCCUCCGCAUCCGCAACCUGGACACCACUGACACGGGUUACUUCCAGUGUGUGGCCACCAACACCCAGGGCACUGUGUCCACGACAGGCGUGCUGUUUGUCAAAUUUGAUCCACUCCCUACACCUCUGCCAGGAAGGCCAACGGUGGAUUUUGAGGAAGAGGGAUUCUGCCAGCCAUACAGAGGUAUAGCCUGUGCCCGCUUCAUUGGUAACCGCAGCAUCUUCGUCGACUCGUUGCAGAUGCAGGGUGAGAUCGAAACCCAGAUCACAGCGGCCUUCACCAUGAUCGGGACAUCCAACCAUCUGUCAGAUCGUUGCUCCCAGUUUGCCAUCCCUUCUCUUUGCCACUUUGCGUUCCCAACGUGCGACCGCAGCUCCGGCACCGACAAACCGCGGGACCUGUGCAAGGACGAGUGUGAGAUCCUGGAGAACGAUUUGUGCAAGACCGAGUACAUCAUCGCCCGCUCAAACCCCAUCAUCCUGAAGAGGCUGAAGCUGCCAAACUGCGAUGACCUGGCGGCUUCUGACAGCCCCCAGGCCGCCAACUGUCUGAGGAUCGGCAUCCCCAUGGCUGACCCCAUAAACAAGAAUCACAAGUGUUACAACAACAGCGGGGCAGACUACAGAGGCACAGUCAGUAUGACCAAGUCGGGCCGUCAGUGUCAGCCCUGGAACUCCCAGUAUCCUCACAGUCACAGCUACCUGGCCGUCCGCUACCCGGAGCUGAAUGGAGGACACUCGUACUGCCGCAACCCUGGGAACAAACAUGACGCCCCGUGGUGCUUCACGCUGGAUGAGGGGGUCCGCAUGGAGCUCUGUGACAUACCAGUUUGUGACCAUAAAGACAAGUCUGGUGGCAGCAACAUGGAGAUCUUGUACAUCCUGGUUCCCAGCGUGGCGAUCCCGUUGGCCAUUGCUUUGCUCUUCUUCUUUAUUUGCGUGUGCCGUAACAACCAAAAGUCUUCCAGGCCUCCUGCCCCUCGCCAGCCCAAACCGGUCCGAGGUCAAAACGUUGAGAUGUCCAUGCUCACGACUGCAUACAAGCCAAAGACCAAAGCCAAAGAGCUGCCCCUGUCGGCUGUGCGUUUCAUGGAGGAGCUCGGAGAGGGCGCUUUAGGGAAGAUCUACAAGGGUCAUCUGUAUCUGCCGGGCAUGGACCAGGCUCAGCUCGUGGCCAUAAAGACCCUGAAGGAUGUCUCCAGUACCCAACAGUGGAAUGACUUCCAGCAGGAGGCCGCAGUGCUGACUGAGCUGCAGCACCCAAACGUGGUGUGUCUGCUGGGUGUGGUGACCCAAGAGCAGCCUGUCUGUCUGCUGUUUGAGUUUUUGCCCCAAGGCGACCUCCACGAGUUCCUCAUCAUGCGUUCACCACACUCAGACGUUGGCUGCAGUAGUGAUGAGGAUGGCACUGUAAAAUCCAGCCUAGAUCAUGGAGACUUCCUACACAUGGCCAUACAGGUGACUGCUGGGAUGGAGUACUUGUCCAGCCACGGUUACGUCCACAAAGACCUUGCAGCUCGGAACAUUCUAGUGGGAGAACAGCUCCACGUCAAAAUCUCCGACCUGGGUCUCUCCAGAGAGAUCUACUCCUCAGACUACUACUGCCUCCAGCCCAAAACCCUGCUGCCCAUCCGCUGGAUGCCCCCCGAGGCCAUCGCUUAUGGCAAGUUCACCACAGACUCAGAUAUCUGGUCGUUUGGAGUUGUGCUGUGGGAGAUCUUCAGCUACGGUCUGCAGCCCUAUUAUGGCUUUUCCAACCAGGAAGUGAUGGAGAUGGUGAGAAAGAGGCAGCUGCUGCCCUGCCCUGAGGACUGUCCGCCAAGAUUUUAUGGCUUGAUGACUGAAUGCUGGCAGGAGGGACCAACACGUCGACCGCGCUUCAAGGAUCUCCACGUCCGCCUGCGAGCUUGGGAGGGAAUGUCAUCCCACGCCAGCUCCAGCACACCCUCUGGUGGCGGAGGCAACGCCACUACCCAGACCACAUCGCUCAGCGCCAGCCCUGUCAGCAACCUCAGCAACCCACGUUAUGCCGCUGCCGCCGCCGCCGCUGCUGGGUACCUCUACCCAGCCCAGGCUAUUCCCUCCCCAGGCCAGAUGGCUCCGAUUACAGCCUGGACGCCCAUGGCUGUGCCCCAAACCCAUCAGCGAUUUAUUCCCGUCAAUGGAUAUCCCAUCCCGCCAGGGUACGCAGCUUUUCCAGCCCACUUCCCUCCCCCUGUCCCUCCGACAAGGGUCAUCCAGCACCACCUGCCUCCCCCUAAAAGCCGUUCACCCAGCAGCGCCAGUGGCUCCACCAGCACGGGUCACGUCAGUGGAGUUCCCUCCACCACAGGCUCCAACCAUGACGCCAACACGCCGCUGCUUUCCCACUGCAUCAUGCCAGGGAGCGGAGGAGGGCAAGCUCAGGUGUACGGACAAGUUUCCCAGAAGGGACAGCUGGACGCAUCACAAACAUCAGCACUGCUCACUGCUGAUUCUGACACACUGAUGUAUAACGACACGGUCAUCACCGCAGACCUGUAGGUAGAUAGAGGGAUACUCACAAUCUUUCUGCACGGGACCCAAAUUUGAGAAGUUUAGCCUCUCACCCAGGGAUCCAGUCUAACAUUUCUACUCUGGUCACACGGAGACCCCACAGAAACCGACCUGUAAGCACAUUUAGAUGUGCAAGAAACGCUGCCGCAGCUACACCAGUAUAUACACGACUGUCUGACUUUUUAAUGCCUUAUUGUUUAAAGUGUACUUACUACCAUGGUUUGAAAAUGUUGUGUUAUUAUUUUAACCUCUGUGUAAAUACGGUACAUAAGUCCUGCAUCAGUGAAUGAAAUACAAAGAUAUAUUCAAAAGAACUUUUUAUUAAGGAAAAAAAAUGUAAGUAGGAAGUCCCUCCCGUGUCCUUAGAAAUGGUUUGUAUUUUGUCUGACGAAAGUUCCUGGGUCAUCUACCCAGUCAGUGGGCUGUGUCGUGCAGGACGUGAAGGAAACACUGACGCUCAUACCUUGACUGCUUGGUACCUUUCAGCAGUGGUGUGACUUGCUUGUUUCUGGAAAUGUUAAAACACAAAAAUGUGCUGUACAGUUUGCUUGUACGGUAAAAGAAACUGAAUUUAGCAAGCAAUAACCAAGCAAACAAAAACGGGAACCCAAGAUGGAGCAAACGAGGAGUUCAGCAGCUUUUACUGACCAGCACUGACCUGCUCAAAUCCACCAGUCUACAAGGUGGACAUUUGAGGUGCCCUGCCUUAUUGCAGCCCUACAGACAGCUAACGGCUAUGUGACAGCUCCCCAUUGAAGCAGCUUGAAUUCAAACUAAAACAGGUGAUAUGUUAGCUACACAUGCUCUUCCAGGCGCUGAGAUUUGGCAUCUUCAUUUUCAGGCAAAGUACCUUUGCAAAUGACACCUGAAUGUUUUUUGUGCAACCUCAACAUGACUAUCUGACACUUUGACACCAUGGACACAAGCCUCUUUGCAUUUUAGAAAUCUUAGAGUACACACACACACAGAUCUACAAAUGCAAUCACACAGCGCUGAAAUUUUCUUAGACUGGACUGGCCUCAGGGCCAACGCUUCAUUCACCACACGAGGGCUGGGGUCAGUUUACUGUCAGUGAUGUAAGCUAAAACUUAACCCUCACAAAAGAACGUUUUUAAUGUAAAUGCGAGAUGGUGUUUUAAUUUUUAUGGGAGACUUUUUCCAGUGUUUUUUUUUUUUUCCAGAAUUUUGAAGGAACUUUAAAGAUUUUAUUCACAGGGCUUGUAUUCAUGUUUUCCUUUUCCUGUUUUUCGGCACCUGUAUUGUACAAAAAAAAGACAUGGAGGAAUGAAAGUAUUCAAAGCAGGCAGGGUUAAAGCACAGAUGAUGCUCACACGAGCCUCAGUUGGUAUUUUGCAAGGUGUCUGUCAUGUACAUGACCAAGAACAACUAUCAAUAGGAUGUUUGAUGCGCUUCAAUUUAUUCCCUCUCUAUGCUUAAACAGAAGAAUGUUGGACCUAAAUUAGGACUGUUUUUUAUUUGGCGCUUUUAUUUGAUUCUGUAUCAGCAGUGACUAGAAGGCACUGUUGUACUGGCACAGAUUGUACUGACAUGUAGGUGAUCCUAACAAGGAAAAGUGCAGGUUUACAAGAAAGUUUCUACCUGAGUCUCCUCAGCUACAGCCGUGUUUAUACUCCAACAUGUCCGAUCUGCAGUAGCGGGUAAUAUAAUACAGUUUUGGAUGCAUUUACUUGAGUAUCCUUCUGUGAUAGAAGAAGUUGUUGUGUAAAUUGAACAUGAACGAUUCGUCAUUUUUUGAUUGUGUUUGGUUAGAGACAUUAGUUAUAUUUUCAAAAAACGUGUCAUAGAACCAGCUGCAGUCCCAGAACAGUUUGUGACGUUAGUUGUACCUGUUUAGUAGACAAUCGUUGGGUUUGAAUGCUCGCAAAAAUGUCACAGACAGUACGUAUGUGUUGCACUCUGUGCAGUUGAGAUGGCUUGAAUGCUAUUGUGCAUUUUUUUGGUAAAGUUGACAUUUGUGGAAUGUAGAUAGACAAGACUAAAUUAUUUAGUUCAUCUAACCCCUACUUAAAGAAAGCAACCACAGGAAAAGCAGCUGCUUCAGUUCACUGCAGACUCAAAUCCCAAUAAAUCAUAUCUACAUUAGACUUAGACUGAGCUUUAGGUCCCCCUGAGAUAAUUUAUUCAAGCCAAAUGUAAAAUGAAAGGAGAAGGUGUUUGUUCCUCAUGUCACAACAACUUAAUUUUCCCAUUGAGUUUUUAUUUCAUUGCUGUCUUUUGUCCCUGUACUUUAUCUUUUUGUUCCUCUGAAGCACAUCGAGCUACCUUGGCGUUUGUACACGUGACCUUGAGGAUUUAUGUGUACUAAUACAACGGUGCAAAAACCACUUGUACACAAGACUGUGAAUCUCAAUCAAGUUUAGGUGUUUUUGUAUUUGGCAACUAAAAAAGUAAUUAUUGUGCCUUUUUUUGUUUUAUUUGAGAUUCAACUAAAGACGAGUAAAUUUAUAUUUCAGUCACAGCGUGCCCAUUACAGAAGGUUUACAUGCUUAUCAUAUUGACCAAGAGAGGCCUUGUCUUUGUAUUUUUUCUGAACAUUUUUUGCACAAAUGUUUUGUAUUGCAAAAUCAUUUAUUAAAUGAUGUUGUUUGGUUAA